GGCGGGAGCGUGCGCUCGGUGCGGCUGAGCAAGCGCCACGGCUUCGGGGCGGCCCAGCCGAGUCUCGGCUUCUCCAUCCGCGGCGGCCACGAGCACGGCACCGGCUUCUUCAUCUCCGCCGUAGAGAACGGCUCCGAGGCACACUCCCAAGGACUCAAGGUGGGCGACCAGAUCAUUCGGGUGAACGGAUUUCCGGUCGAGGACGCCACCCAUCGGGAACUCCUCCAACUCAUUCAAAACCAAACCACCGUCAACCUCAAAGUUCGAUCUGUUGGGAUGAUACCAGUCAAAGAUAGCUACUCGGAAUCCCUGACGUGGCGAUUGGUGGAACCGAGCCCUGGGAUGUACCUUCAAAACCAUAGUGAAGCCUUCAACCAUGUCGGCAGCCACAACUAUCCGAGGUCCCAUGGAAACGUCGUUGUCACCAUGGAUGUCCCACCAAAAGGGACACUUGGUUGCGGGAUAUGCAAGGGUCCGGAUUGGAAACCAGGUAUUUUCGUGCAAUUCACGAAAGAAAACGGACUUGCGCGAGAUGCCGGUCUGAGGCCAGGAGAUCAAAUAUUACAAUGUAACAAUGUUGAUUUUACGAAUAAUGUCACUUUUAAUGAGGCUGUUUCCGUCCUGCGCGGGAGUGGGCGGUUGGUCCUUCUUGUGAAGAAGGGAGCAGGCGCCGAAUUGUUUCCGGGGGAAUCCUCGGGCUACAACAGCUCCGCGAGCAGCGUGGCUGGUGACCAAAGCCCCGAGACCUGGGUCAACAAAAGGUUGUCUAUUGUUAAUGAAGAAUCUUUUAUUGAUUCCGAUAGUCGACUGAGUCAUCAAGAUUCGGAUCAUAGGUUGAUUUCUGAUCAAUUCAUCAACGAUAGCAAUAAAGAGAGACAUCUAAAACCUUAUGAAUCUAAUUGUAAUGGAGAUGUUGAAAAAACUGUUAUUCAUGUUAGUAGCUCAGAUGUUAUUCCAAGCCAAAGAGAUAAGUCCGUUGAUUUUAAGUCUGCAUCCAACAAGUUGACGGAAAUUUGCAUGGUGUCGCAACAAAUGGAGACAACCACAACAACCGUACUUGUAGAGGUUCACCAAAAUAAUGAAGACGCGGAGAAAAAUAAAAGAAAUCAAAAUAAUAAGUAUUUAGAUAAAAGUUCUUCAGGGAGCUCAUUUUCUGGUAGUAGUAUGACUAGCCUCAGUAGUGCCAUUAGUCAAGAGAUACAAAGGAGAUCAGAGCGGAAAGCCAGUGAUCCAGCUAGUGUGGAUCAGCCACCCCAAAAAGGCGGCAAGUUAGAGAAGUUGAGAUCGAACUUUGACAAAGAGAAGGUGAUCCAACACGAACAGUUAAUGCAAGAAUUCAAACGUGCUCAUAGGAGGAUGUUUUCUCCACCUGGUAGUCAAGACAGUCAGACAAGUACAAAUGUCACCUCUAGCUCAACUCAAGCCAAAGUGGAGAGGAACCGCGGCAAAGAAGAAUCAAAAGGUGCGUACCAUUACUACGAGAAUGGGACAAGCGUGAAUGGAGGAUCCACGGGCUCUUGCGGGUCGACAACGGCAGAAUCCAGUGCCGAGAGUCGGACCGAUUCGAGGCUCCCUACACAGCCACCGCCACCACCUCCUCCGCUGCCGUCUGAGACGUCUUCGGGUUCCUCGAAGGAGUUUUCAAUAUCGGAGACGAUCCCCUCGACGCACCACAUCAUCGGGCCGCCGACCCCACCCGACUGCCCGACCCCGGACUACGACUCGCUGAGCAUCGUCUCGACCAAGGAGGAGGCCCGCAGGAGGUCCCAUGUCCAUGCUGCCCCUCCGACGGCGCCGGCGACGGCCAAGCUCCACAACGGCAAAAACUCGGACCUCGUCGAAAUGCAGUCCAUCGAGUCCUUUAAGCUCACCAGCCCGGCUACCGUCAGACCCAAACCCCCGCCCACCUACUUUGUGCCUACAGUCAAAAUUGUGCCCAAUUCUAAUAAUUCUAGUGUAAGUCCAAGAUCUAGUUCCAAUUUGAAUGGUAAACCUGCUGUGACAAUCAGGGAGUACCCGUCUGCUGCUCCAAAGAAACAACCAUCACGAAUGGAAUUUCUUCCAAAAUCAGGAGAAACUGUCACAGACUUCCCUCCCGGAACUGAACCAACCUCGAGACUUCAAACAGAACUUUGCCAAACCUUAGCACGAUCUAAUUUGAAUAAAAGAUUCCUGAAGCAUGAGGUCAGUGAUCCGGAGAUAGGAAACGGCUCUACAUCAAGCUUUGUGAAUGGAAACAAAGUCACCAUUUCAAUCAACCCACAACAGCCAAAAUCUACAUUUGACUCCACACCAAACUGUAAAUCUAAUCAAAAUCCAUUUUACCUUUUCCCUCAUAAAAAUAAGUGUUUAAAGACUGAAGAAUUAUCUGAUAGGUUUUGUAAUGUCAAUGGAACGUCAAACAUACACAACGGACAUUCAAAUUUUUUUGUUCUGGACAAAUCAGCUCUGAAAAACGGCCAGGCUAAUUUACGUAUGAACUCAAAGAAUAGUUGCGAUUCAAACAAGAAUUCCGUAACCUUUAAUUUCAAUUCAAAGCGAACAGGAGAUUUAAAGUCUGGAUCAGACUCGAGGGGCAGCAAUGGUCUUUGCAGUAUUUUGAAAAAUGGCAAUGCUACCGGCACAACAAACGUCUCAAAGGUUCAAAUUAAAAACUAGGCUCCUCGUUCAAACGUUUUAACAUUAAUUAUUUUCAAAUAUUAUUUGAUGGCUGUGUCUUUGAAUAGAUAAGUUAGUUUUUAUGAAUUUAGCAGGUUAGAUACGUACAUUUGUGGAAGAUUUUUACCCCAAAAAUGUUGUUACGUGUACAUACACAAGCUAUACUUAGCGGUGGCAUUCAGUCUGGAUAUGCACUGGCGACCCCCUUUUCAUCCUUGGGGGUAUGGAAUCCUACCAGGUCUUCCAGAUAAUGAAGGAUGGAGGUUGCUUUUGCUUCCCUGAUCACCAAACCUACCGCAUGCCACUGAUACCUACAUACUUAAAUGAUACAAUCAUAGACUGUAUUUAGUUCUUAAGUUUUGGGACUCACGAUGGGACACAAGUCACUUUCUCUAUUUAGAUACUUAUUUUUGGAGGAUUCAUUUCCAGAAUCAGAGUCGGAUUUUUAAAGAUCUCCUAUACAGAGAUAAGGUAUGGCUUGAUAUCAAAGAAGGAUAAGAUCACUGAACACCCUAAAAAAACUGGAGGCCAAAAAAAUAAAAAAAAUAAAAUAAAAUAAAAAGAAAAUCACUAAUGAAAAAUGAAGUUAAAUUUGUUGAACAAUGAUCACAAUAUGUUUUUUACAUAUUACCUCUUAUCGAUGCUUAUUUUCCUCAUGUUUCCAGUUCCUAUCUCUUUUAUCAGCUCUGUCCAAAUUAAGUCUAAGUAAGUCUGAGUCUUGAAAUCCCUUUCUAUCAAUUAUACAUUGAAAACUCAUCUAAUUUUUGAAAAAUGUCAAAUAUAUGUAUUCGUUGAUUGAUAUUAUUCAUCAACUUUAUAAAAUGUAUACAUUAUGUAAAUAAAAUACUUUCUUAUUUUAAUUUUUGUACUUAAACUAAAUAUUCAAGAUACCUCCCUGCCUGUAUUGUAUAUAUUUUUACCGAAUAUAAGUAAAUAACAAAAAAAGAUUAAGAAGGAAAUGAAAAGUAAAAAUUAAUAAAAUGAUAAACCUUUUGAA